CUGGUGUGUAGAGGGCUUGAGGGCAAUGAUUGAAGGGUGGUUUUGUACUAUUUUUGAAUAAUUGCACCGAUCAGUCUUCUUGUGCCCUUCGACAAGGCAACAAGAAGAAAACAGUUCUUCGGUGAGUCGCACACAGAUCCACAGGACGAUGUGUCGGUUUGUGUUAAUUUUGGGUGUUAUUGCCGCCACUUCCGCACCAGCAGCAGCUGUGGGAAGAAGCACAGUCACUAACGAUGACAUCCGUGAUGCCAUCCUUCAAGUGGUUAAUGUUGUGCGGGCUACGGAGGAUAAAUUGGAAAGGCAUGAGUACCGAGAAAGGGUACUGGGGGAGCAAUUGAAAAAAGGCUUGAUCUCAAUUGAUAAAAGAAUCAAGCUUUUGGAGCCCUUUAAAGGAACGAUUAAUAGAUUGGAUCAGAGACUGGCGGCUGUCGAGACGAUUUUGAUGAAGGAUGAACGAGAGAGGAUUCAGCUGCAGAAGACCUUUGACACGGUGGAGGAUAUACAGAAGAAUCUGCCUAUUAUUGUAGAGAAGUUGAAGAGCGAUAUUAUUGAUAAGUUAUCCAACUUGCAAGCUAACACCCCUAAAUCGGACCCCCUCACCGCCCUCACCAAAGCCGACCUUGACAAACUCCAGUCGGACCUCGGCGGAAAAAUCGACGAAGUCACCGAAACAAUCAAAUCGAUGGAAAAAGACUUAAACAAAAUGAAAGAAGAAAAUAAAAACAUGAGAGACUUGAACAACAAAUCAUCGGAGAAUUUGGAAAAAGUCAAACGUCAAUUAAACUCGAGCGAGCAACUUUUGGAGAAAUACGAGAGCAAACUGGCGGAGUACAACAACAGGAUUCCUGCCGUUCCAAGCAACUUCAAGGACCAGAGCAACUCGGACUUCCUCCAAGCCCUCGACGUGCAGAAAUCCUCCAUGGAGGCGAUCCUCUCCAAGCUGGAGCACGUGCCCCAGCUGGCCGACCUCGAGUCCCUCCAGAACGCCACCCUGAAGGAGGGGCAAACCCUCCGGGACGACAUCGCGAGCCGACACCGCGACGUCACGAAAUCCAUCGACGCCAUCACCGGAAACAUCGACAACCUCUCCCGGAAGUUUGCCUCCAGUUCGCAGAAUAUUCGCUCGGAGAUCGAGAAUUUGGGGAAGGUGGAGCAGGUGAUGGUGCAGACGGCAGAUAGUGUGCUGGAUACGAAGAGGAGAGUGGAGUAUGGAGUGCAUCAGAUAAUUGCAGAAAUGCAACAGUUGAUUAAAGCGAGUUCCAAGGACGUGAAUGAUGCGAUUAGUGAGAGGUUUGAUACGUUCGAAAUGUCCGUUUUGGAUGAGGAGACGGGCGCUUUGGCCAAUUUGACGGCGAAAAUCGGACAGGAGAUUGACCAAGUGUGGAGGCAGAUUGGGAUUAUGCACCAGCAGAUGAGUGCGAGCACGGACACGCUCAAUAGACUGCAGAAUCAGACGGAUCAGUAUGUGAAUGGGUCGCUCAAUGUCAUGGACAACAUGAAGGGAAAAGUGGGCACCAUCACCAGCCGCAUCACCGAAGUGGACGAAAAUCUGAACUUCCUCCUGGGUAAAUUAUCCUUAGUGUCUCAAGAAUUCAACCAGAUCAAGACAGGCCUCGGCAAGGCCCUCGACGAGAUGCGAGCCACAUACAAGACAGUGCGAGAGAAGGUCAACGAGGGUCCAGGUCCCCAUAAAAUCGACGACCCCGCUUCAAAUUAAUUAACACUUAGGUUUAGUUUUUGUGUGUAACUACAACUAAUAAAAAUUGGAAGAAGUU